AUGCUUGAUGAACUAAGUUUGCUUGCCUUGAAUGCAAACCAUCUCACAGGACAAAUUCCUUCCUCCUUGUCAAACUGCACAUUCCUAGAAGUAUUAGAUAUAAAUGACAAUAACAUAAGUGGAGAAAUUCCAGGUGAGUUUUUCUCGAAGACUACCAAUUUGAUGGAGUUAUACCUAGCUAUAAACCAAUUGACUAGUGGCCUUCCUGUCAGCCUCUUCAAUUGUAGUCAACUCGAACAAUUAGAAGUAUCCGGCAACCGGUUGAGUGGAAUUGUGCCCACCGAAUUAGGAAAAUUGUACAGACUGAUAUGGCUUAAUUUGGGUUAUAAUCAGUUUACUAGCGGGAGCAAAUCAACCUUAAGCAUUCUUACUGCUCUCACAAAUUGUUCUCUUCUGGAAUUUAUAACAUUAUCAGGUAAUCAUCUUACAGGAGUAAUGCCCUCUUCUGUGGGACAACUUUCUACAAAGCUGACUGAAUUGGAUUUGGAUGGAAACAAAAUAACCGGGGAAAUCUCUCCAUACAUUGGAAACCUAACUAACUUAACUUUAUUAAGUUUACAACAAAAUCUUCUCACAGGAGUAAUUCCCUCCAAAGUCAGCCAGCUUCAAAGUCUAGAGCAGUUGUACAUAGCUUCAAACAAAUUAGAAGGAACUAUUCCGAGUGAGAUAGGAAAACUCAAAACCCUUGGAGCUCUCGAUCUCGAAGAAAACAAGCUUUCUGGUUCUAUUCCUGAUUCUCUUGCCCACCUCCAGCAGCUCAGAUAUUUGUAUCUUAAUAACAACCAGCUAUCAGGAAUCAUACCUCCAAGCUUGGGUGAAUGCUUGAAGUUGGAAGACCUUGACCUUGACCUUUCAUACAAGCAGCUCAGGGGACAUAUACCUCCACAGGUAGUAGGACUUUCAAAUUUAUUAAGGGGUUUCAAUCUUUCAAACAAUUUAUUGCAAGGCCCCUUGCCUUUAGAGCUCAGCAAGCUUGAUAUGGUUAAAGCUAUAGAUAUUUCUGCAAAUCAGUUGACCGGACAUAUUCCCUUUGUCUUAGGAAGCUGCGUAGCACUUGAAUAUCUGAAUCUUUCAAGCAAUCAAAUAGAAGGUCCAAUUCCAGACUCUCUUGGUAAACUUCAGAAUCUACAGGAUUUAGAUUUCUCUUCCAACAAGUUGUCAGGAAGAAUACCAAUGUCCUUGGGAAACCUCAAAGAGCUUCAGCGCCUUAAUUUUUCUAUGAAUAGAUUAUCAGGGGAAGUCCCAAAAGAUGGAGUUUUCAAAAUUCUUGGUCCAUCAUCCUUUAUUCAAAACCUCGUGAAUCACAUAAGGCCCCUUCCACAGGGACUCAAAUUUGCCAUGAGCACCUUUCGGCUCUCUCCUUUUAUCCCAUAA